AUGAAGACAAUAUUACUUCUUCUACCUUGCUUCCUGGCCUUAAGUGCGGCCGUACCAGUUAAUGAAUCUACACAAAAGCGGGACCCAGGUUGGGAAGCGCCUUUUAAAGCUGUCACCAUGAGAGUUAUGAAGAAGAAUCCCUCUCGAGAAGAAUACCUCCAGGCGUCCCAAUCGCGCUUCUGGGUAGGGGGCGAGCCGUCAACCUCCUGCCCUGAUAAGAAUUGUUCUGAAAUAAAAGAGACAGUUCUAAAUGGAGGCAAGAUGGAUUCUUUGAGCGUUGGAGUUGAUGGCGGCCAGCGUAUAUAUCUCGACGCUGACGGUGCCCUGCGAUAUACAUCACCAUCUGACCCUGCAAUGCCGCCAGGCUCAUACAUGGCUAACCUGAACUACGCAUACGACUGGGUCUUCGUGCCAAAUCAACCGGGAACAUGGUGGUGGGCAUGCCCGAACACCCGGCUACGCAAGGACUACUACCAGCUAUUUGCCCCUUUCAGCAAUAUAACGGUCCCCGGUGUUGAAGAUCCUUCAAAAUCUUGCUAUAGGGCAGAUGUGGCUGGAUUUGAAUAUACUGGCCCACUACCCGCUACAUAUGUGUAUAACUGA